AUGGGUACAAAAGCAGACUACGUGGUGGAUGUGGGAUCUCCCCGCGAAGUAGGGCGACGACAGCGUAAGUGCAUCACGAACCUACCUCGAAGAGUGAACUCUAUUAUGUUGGACCCAACGACUGACCAAAAGACUGCUGGAGAAGAGAUCAAAUGGUACCGGUCCACGUUCUACAAUGCCCUGAUUCUAGGGCUCGCCAACUUCUCUGCUCCCGGCAUUUGGGGCGCCAUGAACUCUCUUGGUGCUGGAGGUCAGGCAUCACCACAUUUGGUGAAUGCAGCCAACGCCCUCACUUUCUGCCUCAUGGUGCUGUCAUGCUACUUCUCGAGCGCCCUCGUCCGCUUAAUCGGCAUCAAAUGGGCUUUGGUGAUCGGAACGAUGGGAUAUGCUCCCUACGCGGCCGGUUUGUACACGAACAACCGUUUCGGGACGGAAUGGCUUGUCUUGGUCGGUGCGGCACUCUGCGGCCUCUCAGCCGGCAUCUUCUGGAUGGCCGAAGCUGCCAUCGCCCUUGCAUAUCCAGAGCCGUACAACCAAGGCAAAUUCCUCGGGUUCUGGCUAAGUUUCCGUCUCGCCGGCCAGAUCCUCGGUGGUGCGAUCAACGUGGGUAUCAACGCCCACAAUUCCCAGGCCGGCAAAGUUUCAUACACGGUCUACCUGAUCUUCAUCGCUCUACAGGCAGCGGGUCCGCUGGUGGCUCUGCUCUUGAAUCACCCAUCCCGAGUCCAGCGGACGGACGGGCGAAAGGUGGACCUCUCGAUCGUCGAGCAUCCGUGGUUUGAGAUCAGAGCGACGACCAGCCUCUUCUUCAGCAAGUCUUUCUUGUUGAUCGUCCCUUUCAUCGGCCAAGCCGUGUACGCAGAGGCGGUCAUGUUCACCUUCUCCGCUUUAUGGUUCUCGGUGCGCGCCCGAGCUCUGGGCUCGUUCCUCUCCGGCAUUGUUGCCGUCGUCGGCGGAAAUCUGCUCGGCCUGUUCCUGGACCGGACACACAUCGCGCUGAGACAUCGUGCCCGUGGCGCGUUUUUCUUCAUCAGUGCCCUCCAGUGCGGCCUCUGGGUCUGGGCCACAGUUCUUGUCACACGACUCCGUCGCACGAGGCCGACGUACGACUGGUCGGACGGGACGAACGGUUUUGCCUCUCCCUUUGCUCUAUUCCUUUUCCUCGUCAUCGGCUUCCAGAUCAAUUAUCUCUACCUGUACUUCGUCAUCGGACAGAUGACCACCUCCCCGGCCGAGACCGUCCGGCUCGCGGCUUUGCUCCGUGGUACUGAAUCCGCUUGGCAAGCUGUGAGUUACGGGCUAAAUUCAGUCGCCGUAUUCGGUGAAGUCGGAGGCGUGUAUCUGAACUUUGCACUGUGGGCCUUCGCCCUCGUGCCGGCCUGGUUGGUAAUUAGGACAUUCGGCUCCGAGACACAGAACAAUGAGUGGAGAGCUUCCACGGGUGUCUUUGGUGUCCCGGUCGAUGUCGAAGUUCCCCCUUCCCGAUCCGGUUCAGAACAUGGAGCCGAGGAAGGUGCAGAGCGGGAAAAAAGGGUAGAAUAG